CCUUUAUUUCUAUUCAUACCAUAAACAAUUAUUUUUCUCCAAAAAGAUUUAGAUUGUACAGAGAGAGGUUGUGUUUGUACUUUGUAUAAUAUAUUGUUAUACUUCAUAGUUUCUCUACCUACUUUUUCGGUUCUCACUGUGUUUUAAAUUUUAUCCAUGAUUGUUGGAAAUCAUAGCGCAAAUAAGUACGUGUUUUGUGAAAUAUGUGUAACAUAAUCAUCGAAGCUAAUAUUUUUUAAAUUAUUAAAGUAUUUUAUGAACAAAUUCGAUAGCUGACCGAUGCAAGAUGCUUUAUUUAAACAUUUUGAAACAGUCUACGAUCGUUCACUUAUGUUUUGCUAUAUCAUACUUCACAUCAGGCUUAAUAUUAAGUCUUAUUCAAGCUAUUUUAUUCUUUAGCUUAAAGACAUUCAAUAAAACAUUGUACAGGAAAAUAAAUUAUUAUCUUUCAUACUCAUUUUACUGUCAAUUAGUGUUUAUGUCAGAAUGGUGGUCGGGUACAAAAUUGUCUAUUUAUGUCAAGAAAGAUGAAUAUGAUAAGUAUUACGGGAAAGAACAUGGGUAUCUCAUAAUGAAUCACAGUUAUGAAGUGGACUGGCUUAUGGGAUGGCAUUUCUGCGAUGGGAUACAAGUUUUAGGGAACUGCAAAGCCUAUGCUAAAAAGUCCAUACAGUACUUGCCGCCUAUUGGUUGGAUGUGGAAAUUUUCAGAAUUUGUAUUUUUAGAAAGAUCGUUCGAUAAAGAUAAGGAAAUAAUAAAAACUCAGAUAUCAGAAAUUUGUGACUAUCCAGAUCCAGUUUGGCUACUGUUAACGCCGGAAGGAACCCGGUUCACGGAUAAAAAACAUGAAGCUUCACUUAAAUUUGCCAAAGAAAAGAACCUACCACUUCUCAAACAUCACUUGACGCCUCGUACUAGAGGUUUUACGACCAGCCUUGAAUACUUUAGAGGCAAGAUACCCGCCAUUUAUAACAUACAGCUAGCCUUUGAGAAGGAUAGCAAAGUUCCACCAACAUUAACGAGCAUGUUGUAUGGCAAGCCGGUUCAUGCACAUCUGUAUAUCGAGAGACUACCCGUCGAGAAUAUUCCCAAAGACGAGGCCGAAGCCGCUAAAUGGCUACACGACAUUUUCGUUAUAAAGGAUAAAAUGCAAGAUUCAUUCGUCAAUACAGGCGACUUCUUCCUUGAAUCUGGGGUAGAGAGAGUGGAGCCGUUCCAACGGCCUAAACGUAUUUAUUCACUCGUGAAUACCCUGGGAUGGGCUGCUGUAACGCUCACCCCGAUGCUCUACUACCUCCUCGGCCUUCUAUUCAGUGGGAAACUACUUUAUUUCUCCAUCGGAGGUGCUAUUCUCGCGGCAUUCUAUAUUCUACUUCAAAAGUCUAUAGGAAUGUCCAAAAUCAGCCAAGGAUCGUCAUAUGGAACAGAGAAAAAGUAAUAAAUUAAACCUUAUUUUUCAAUGACAUUGCAGGCGAAAAAUAUAGAUAACUGUAAAAAAACAGUAUUGUAAAAGAAUGUUAUUUUAGAAAAAGUGUGUUUGGUUUAUUUCACUAAACGUAACCAACUGAAGUACGUCGAAGUUCAAGGUGAUUGUAAUAAUCAUUUUGACAAAUUAUUGAGAUAAUUAUAUUUUUAAAAAGAAGUAUUUAUCGAAAUUAAACAUUGUUAGAUUUUACAAUGACAGUAUCCAAAAAUUUUUUAUGACUUGAAAUUUUUGUUUUAUUUAAAUGAUAAUGUAUAUGUAAUGACUUUAGUUUAUUAUCUGUUGUUGCUACUAUAAAAAAAAAAAACAAACAUUCAAUUUAGAAAGCCUUGUAAUGUAUGUAAUUUUCAUUUUUAGUCAAAUCUUUGACCGUAAAUUUUAUUUACAUAUAAGAUGCAUUAGAUAAAAUGAAACUUUCUUGGUUCAAUCAGUUAUAUUUGUAUAUGGAACAAAACAUCUUAGAUCUUAUGUUUGACAGCCCUGUAACGGUGUAAGUAAUACUGCCAAUAUAAGAAUAUUGGCAAUGUCUAUGGUCGGUAUCAAUUUACCAACAGGUGGCCCACUUGCUUUUCUGUCUUCUUAUUACAAAUAUAUAUGUAUAUAUGUCGAAGGAAAAAUUGUUAGAACCGUUUGUUUUUAAUAAAUUUAGACAGUUUGUAUAUUAUAAACAGAGAUUUAAAUUAAAAUGCAUACAAAUUCGAACGUUUAUAAAAAAAAUUUUAGGUAAGGUAUUUGAUUUUAACUGAAAUUGGCCAGUUAUUUUAAAAACAAUAUACGUCAUACAUCCAUUUUUCAUAAAUUUUCAAUCUCACUGGAUUUAAUAUAAACUAACGGCCCUUAUAAUUCAUUCGGUUACAUAUUACAUAUUGAAUCUAAAAGUAAAUAAAAAUCGAUUGAAAUUUUAAAUAUGAUUAUCGUAACAAUAUGAUGCAUUGUCAAUAUUGUCUUGCAUAUUCAGGUCAGGUCACUCAACACGCACAAACAUGCAUAAAUGUUUAUUAGUAUACGUACCUACAUAGUUCAUUGAGCUUUUUAUUGUUGAUUUUAUAUAUUUGCAUUUAGUUCUGAUAUCCUAAUCUAACAUAUAUUAAGAAUUAAGUAAUGAAAAAAUACUUUUCAUAUAAACAAAACUUAUUUAAUAUUUUUGUUUAAUUCUCAACUAUAUAUUGAAAAGACGAGGUAUAUUUCUAUAGGCGCACAUUUUCGUAACUACGUAACCGUACAUAACAUCGCGCAACCAUUUUUUUAAACAAACGUUUAUAGUUAUUAUAAUGUUAAAGUAACACUACUGUUUGAGUAAGUCCUGUAUUUUUUAAAGUAUUUUUUUUUUAUAAAAACAAGCAAUAAAAACUUAUUUUUAUAAUUAACAUAGAAUAGGUACAGAAUAAAGGUGACGGUUUCGAAUAGUAGUCCUGUAAUAUAAGAAACAAAACCUAUUAAAUAGUUUGUAGACACUAUAUUUUAUAACCUAUUAUUUUCAUCAGGUUUAUACAAUGUUUUAAAACGAUGUAAACGAACAUACCCAGUAUAUAACUUGUCUCAAGCACUUGAGUUAUUAUGUUUGUGUGCAAUGUUUUCUGUGUGUGAUAUUAGAUUUAUUUAAUCAUUAUUAGAAUUCAUUGUUGUCUUUUAUUGUUUUGAUAAAGUAUAAUUUUAUAAAACCUGCUAACCUAUACUAUCGAGAAAUUAUAUACAAAAUUGUUUCAGUGUUUGUUGUACUUAGCUAUCAUUUAUUAAUUUAUUUUAUGCAGUAUAUUCUAAAUUAUGCUUUUUGUUCUUUGGAGGCUUUCGUGUAUUUUAUUAAAUUAUUGUUAUAUUGGGCAAUGUAGAUACAUUGAGUGUUCGUUAAUAUAUACUAUGUGCAAGUACCUUGUUUAUUAUUGUUAUGUAUAAACAUUUUUAUUAAAUCCUUUUCAGGCAAUAA